AUGGCUAGCUCGGAUGGGAAAAAAAAAAAAAAAAAAAAAACACGCGAUGUGAAGGAUGAUGGGGGGGUUAAGCAGUGCCCCCCAGGUGGAUUCCCUGUGGAGGAGGCGACAAAAAAGCGGGAAAGAAAAAGGGAGAAAAAAGAAAAAAAAGAAAAAACAGAAAAAAAAGAAAAUUUCCAAACUACCCCAAAUAGCCAAAAUAUCCAAAACAGUGAAAGUAGCCCCAAUGACCCACACAACAUUCGAGCCAAUGAAGGCGAAGAGGACCGCUAUCGGAAGGAACAGAACGAACAACUCGUUGAGGGAGAAGAGGCAACUGACCUAACGGCACGAAUAGAGGCCCCCAGUGAGGAUCCCCACACAAAUCAAAGUUCUGAAAAAAAAAAGAAAAAAAAGAAGAAAAAGAAAAAGAAGAAAGGGGAAGGUGACGAGGAAGAGGUAGAUGGGGAAGAUGAAGAAGAAAGACAAAAAUCAAAAGCGCUGGAGGUAACAAAAAAAAAAAUGGAGGGACAACACGAAGUAGACAUAAACAAAGUGACAAGCGAAACAAAAGAUGAAAAAGAUGCCCCAUCAAAUGGGGAGAAUUGCGUUGAAGAUGGAGCUCCAGGGACAGGAGACUACACUAUACGUGGGAGAGACCUUGGAGAGGGUACCACAAGUGCAACCCGCAAAGGGAAUAAAGAGAGUGAGGAAAUCAAAUCCACCAGGAAGGAAACCAAAGGGGGAGGAGAAAACCGUAGACUCCAUAGUAGCAGUGGCAGUGAUGCACAUGAACAGGUGCAGGUAAAACACAACCAAGGGGAUACACAACUGGACGAAGCAGAGAAUCAGGUUGGCCAAAAAAAGGAGAAGGAAGCCCAACGUGGAGGAGAAGAAUGCCACAAACAAGAAAAAGAAAAUAGGGACAUUUCGGAAGGCGAGCUAAAUGGCGCGGGACAAUGUGCAGAGGGCGCACUCCUCGAAAUGGAGACCAUGCAUAGCUUAAGGGAUAGCGAGAAAAAGGGGGAAGAGAGGAAAAAGAAAAAAAAGAAAAAAAAAGAGGGUCCCACGAAGGGGGAGUCAAGGAGGAGCAAAAGGGCGAAAGCUAAAGAGAAGGGCAAAGCGGUCGAGGCGGAGGACCAAGCGAUCGAGGCGGAGACGGAUCAAGCCGCCGAAACGGAGAAGGACAAAACGGCCGAAAUGGAGAAGGACCAAACCGCCGAAACGGAUAACGAACCCGAGCAGGCGAAAGAAAAAUGCACUGAAAAAAACGAAGAACUGCUUGUCGCAGCAACGGACGAGGGGGUACCACCCGAGGGCGAAGUUCAAGAGAGCGUGGAUUGCGCAACUGACUCAAUCGCAAGGAUUGUUAGCAAGGAGGAGAGCGACUCGAACGGGGGGACAACGCCGGAAGGGGGCUCCUUACACAAAAUGUGCCAUUCGAACGGUGUGAAGCACCUAGAAACCUACGAAAGCAAAGUAUGCGUGGCGAACUCCUUUCACGACAUAUCGAGCCCCACGUCUGAGAACGGGGAGACCGAAGAGGGAAGCCACACGGGCGAAACCGCGAGCUACGGGGAAAAUAAAAAAAGCUUUGACUUGCUGUCCUACAUCGAAAAUGGAAUUAAAAAUUACGUCAAUCUGCUAAAGGAAGAAAACGUGGAGAUAUACGAAAGAAAAUGUGUUAAGGAGAUAAUAUCCUUUCACAAAUUAAAAUUAAAAUAUUUAAAAAAAAAAAAAAAAAAAAUUAAGCAAAAUAUACACGUGGAGAACUCCGCAUCAGAAUGUGGAUCACCCAUAUUAUGUAGCACUUCCGAGGAAGACAAGGAAGAAAUAAUUAAAAAUUUUGGCCGCUUCGAUUCUUUGACUUGGGGUCAGGCAGACGAAGGCAGUGCCAGUAGCGCUGCUACACAUAACAAAGGCACGAAUGGAAAAAGCGGAAAUGGAAAUGCCAACGUGGGAAAGAAAUCGAGCAAAGGUAAGAAGAACCCCAGUCAUGGGCAGACCCCCUGGGGUAGCGAAAAUGACCCACUUGGCAGCACCACAUCGGUGCACAAGAAGAAGGCGAAGAAGGUGGAGAGGCGGGGUGCGAACAAAAGUUCAGACGAAUCGAGCCCGGGCAAAAUGGACACGAGCUCCUUGAACGACAUGGAAGUGGAAAACCAGUCGGAGGAAUUGGGCUGCGCGGAGAGUGCAAGACGAGGGUGUGUUCCCCCAAGUAGCGGGGUGGAGGUGAAAAGGGAGUGUCACGCCGCUGCUCUGCAGAGUAACAGCCUCACCGCCCCGAGCGAAGACCUCGAGGGGGGAGGAAGCCCAAGCAGCAAAAACGUUUUCGAAGCGCUGUUCCACUUUUACGCAAAGGAUAGAGGAAGCGCCAAACGAAACACAGAACCGGAAGGAAAAACGAGCGAGGCGAGUUGUUACGCGAAAGGUAUGGACCUCGAGCUGUUCUUAAAUUUCUCCAAACAUUAUAAAAUUAUAAAAAGCUUAUUAACAAAAAGUGAGUUGGAAAAAAUUUUUUUAAAUGAAACCAAAGGAAAUACAUACAUCCAAGCAAGACAGUUCCAGAAGGUCCUAAUGGUAUGUGCGCAAAUAGCAUUUACCAAACCACCACAUAGGGUCAAUUUCACAGACACGAAAAAAAUAUUCCACUGUUUGGUUACAUGGCUUUGUAACAACGCACCUGAGCAACAAAAAAAAAUUAUUUUAAAAAGUUGCCAGCUAGCCGAUUCUUCCAUACUCACGGAGAAUGGCAAAACAGCCGAACAGCAGAAGGCUGAUGUGAAAAGCUCAACGUUGCGAAAUAAACAAUACUCCAUUUCUGUGAAGGACAAAAGUAGGAAGCCACCCACAAAUGACAUUGUACUGACCAAUUCGCAAAAAUUUGAAACGCCAUCGAAGAAGAUGGAGAAGGCCAAAAUGUUCCGCUACAACACGAGUGUCAAUUUGCGCAAGUAG